GUCCAACGGGAAACACGACAACAGCAACAUCAAAACUCUAUCCUGGUCAACUUUGCGGGCAACUUCGACUCUUACGCAACUCCCCCGAUGCGGAUGCAUUGAUCUGCAAAAAUGGCUGCAGAAAGGCCGUCAACUCUGGGGAAACCCGUUCAAUUCGUCUUUGAUGUCGCAAAUGGCCGACAUCCUUUGUCGAGAGCCAUCCCUCCAAUGCUCUUAGCCUUUGACGGUCUGCUCUGUGGCCUGAUCAUCAAAAAGGUUCCCUAUACCGAGAUCGACUGGACAACGUACAUGCAGCAAAUAAAACAAUAUGUUACCGGCGAACGCGAUUACACCAAAAUUACUGGCAGCACCGGUCCUCUGGUCUACCCAGCAGGCCACGUCUACAUCUACACAGGCCUGUACCACAUUACAGAUGAGGGAAGGAAUAUCUUGUUUGCGCAGCAAUUGUUUGGUGCACUCUACCUACUCACGCUAUACGUUGUCAUAGCGUGCUACCGAAAGGCAAAGGUUCCUCCCUAUGUUCUCCCCCUCCUCGUCUUGUCGAAACGCCUCCACAGUAUCUUUGUGCUACGAUGCUUCAACGAUUGCUUCGCCGUGCUCUUCUUCUGGCUCGCCAUCUACUGCUUCCAACGCCGCGCUUGGUCCCUCGGAGGCGUCUUCUACAGCUUCGGACUGGGCAUCAAGAUGACCGUCCUGUUGUCUCUGCCCGCAGUGGGCGUUAUUCUCCUCCUCGGCCGCGGUUUCGGAGGCGCGCUAAACGUCGCAUCGAUCAUGGGCCAGCUCCAGGUUGCCAUCGGUCUUCCUUUCUUGUCCAAGAAUGCAUGGGGGUACCUUAGCCGAGCAUUCGAACUCUCGAGGCAGUUCAUGUUCAAGUGGACUGUCAACUGGCGCUUCGUCGGCGAGGAGACUUUCUUGAGCAAGCCCUUUGCCAUCACGCUGCUCGCGCUCCACGCAUCUGUGUUGCUUGCCUUUGUCACGAAGCGGUGGCUCAAGCCUGCGAGCAAAAGCAUUGGCGGGCUGAUCGCCCCUCUCCUCUCCGGGCGGCCAAUAUUUACAGCGGAAGAGGCCCAAACGGCGGCGCGUGCAGUCACGCCAGAGUAUGUCAUGACGACGAUGCUGACGGCCAACAUUGUUGGAAUGCUAUUUGCGCGGUCGCUGCACUACCAAUUCUACGCCUAUCUAGCCUGGUCAACCCCGUACCUGCUCUGGCGGAGCGGAAUUCAUCCCCUGCUUCAAUGGGGGCUGUGGGCCCUGCAGGAGUGGGCGUGGAACGUCUACCCGAGCACGCCGGUGAGCUCUGGCGUCGUCGUCGGCGUGAUGGCUAUCACGGUGGGUGCGGUUAUGGUUGGGGCAAAGGCGGAGUUUAGACCCCAGGUACCCGUCGCGAAAAAGGUUGAAGCAAAGCGCUGAACCUUCUGGCUUUCGCUGCGCACGGAAUAUGACGCAUAUACCCGUCUUAUAGUUCUCAUCUUUUCCAGGUCAUCCUUUCAAGCAGAGUCGUCCUCCGAAUCUGAUGGCGGCAUCUUUCCUACGUUCGACUCAUCAUCGUCGCUGUCUUCUUCGACCUUCUUUGUGAACUCUUUGGGCCUGUGCAUGGAACAGAAGACUGUCAGCUGCUGACUUGGACUGUCAGUGUCCUUGCGGAAAUAAAGCGAUCACUCACCAGUAUGGUUGUUUCCUCCAUCCGCGCUCGUCGCGCACAAUGUUGACAAUCUCGCCUUCCACCCUGCUACCCUUGCGCUCCUCCUCGUCGGCCCUCUCUAGCAAAACGUAGCCACCUCUCCUGACCCAGAUAGUGUUUCGAAAGCGCGCGGCCAGCUCCGCGAGCACUUCUUUGCCGUUGGGCAGCGUGCACGAAUACAGGCUGUUGCCCUCGGCCUUAAUGAUGCGCGCAAUGGCUUGGUUAGCCGCCAGUGCGUCUGGUGGGGUUGUGGUCUCCUCGGCGGCGGCGAGGACGUUUCGCUUCGGUCGGGCCAUUCUUUUUCGGGUGAGUGAUUAUGAUUCGGGGUGGAUUGAGACUUAUUUUGUUGGCUCAAGGACCUAGGUAGGUAACUCUGUGACGAUUACUUAUAUGGCAACUUUUUUUUUCUUCCCCUGGUAUGUUUUCAGCACGCGGCAGGGUCGAAUUUUGUACCCCGCGUCGCGCUCCAGUUUCUUGGCGAUCGACGUGGGGCCCAACGUCUGCGGCAGCGUCAACUGGGAUAAGCCGACAUGCAUGAACGCAGGAUUGAAUUGUUUGCAGAGAUGUACCUAGGAAGAAAUUUGGUUUAACUUGAAGCUGUGAUGUUAUGGAUUAUCGAAUGGGCUCAGCCAGUUUCGUAAAUCCACAAAGUUAGGCGUAUCGCUUUGAAGCAUAAGCUUAAGAUUGAGCCACACAGCUUCUUAAUUUGAAGUCUCUGGAAUCAAUAAUUGUUGCUGCAGUGGAAGACUGGCCUGUCCCUAGCUGGCAUUGACAGAAAUUGACAGAGAAGACAGCAUUAUCAGACAAGAAAAGUACUGCAUUACUGAAUCAUGUUUGC